AUGAGAGACGGCGGCGGCCGCGGCCCAGAGCCCCUCUCAGCGCCUGUGAGCAGCCGCGGGGGCAGCGCCCUCGGGGAGCCGGGAGACGGUGGAAGCCGCGGACUCGGGCGGGAGCCGGCGCAGGCUCGGCGGCUGCACCUCCCGCUCCUGGAGCGGGGGGGAGAAGCGGCGGCGGCGGCGGCGGCCGCGGCUCCGGGGAGGGGGUCGGAGUCGCCUGUCACCAUUGCCAGGGCUGGGAACGCCGGAGAGUUGCUCUCUCCCCUUCUCCUGCCUCCAACACGGCGGCGGCGGCGGCGGCACGUCCAGGGACCCGGGCCGGUGUUAAGCCUCCCGUCCGCCGCCGCCGCACCCCCCCUGGCCCGGGCUCCGGAGGCCGCCGGAGGAGGCAGCCGCUGCGAGGAUUAUCCGUCUUCUCCCCAUUCCGCUGCCUCGGCUGCCAGGCCUCUGGCUGCUGAGGAGAAGCAGGCCCAGUCGCUGCAACCAUCCAGCAGCAGCAGCAGCAGCAGCAGCCGCAGCAGCCAUUACCCGGCUGCGGUCCAGGGCCAAGCGGCAGCAGAGCGAGGGGCAUCAGCGACCGCCAAGUCCAGAGCCAUUUCCAUCCUGCAGAAGAAGCCUCGCCACCAGCAGCUUCUGCCAUCUCUCUCCUCCUUUUUCUUCAGCCACAGGCUCCCAGACAUGACAGCCAUCAUCAAAGAGAUCGUUAGCAGAAACAAAAGGAGAUAUCAAGAGGAUGGAUUCGACUUAGAUCUGACCUAUAUUUAUCCAAAUAUUAUUGCUAUGGGAUUUCCUGCAGAAAGACUUGAAGGUGUAUACAGGAACAAUAUUGAUGAUGUAGUAAGGUUUUUGGAUUCAAAGCAUAAAAACCAUUACAAGAUAUACAAUCUAUGUGCUGAAAGACAUUAUGACACCGCCAAAUUUAACUGCAGAGUUGCACAGUAUCCUUUUGAAGACCAUAACCCACCACAGCUAGAACUCAUCAAACCCUUUUGUGAAGAUCUUGACCAAUGGCUAAGUGAAGAUGACAAUCAUGUUGCAGCAAUUCACUGUAAAGCUGGAAAGGGACGGACUGGUGUAAUGAUUUGUGCAUAUUUAUUGCAUCGGGGCAAAUUUUUAAAGGCACAAGAGGCCCUAGAUUUCUAUGGGGAAGUAAGGACCAGAGACAAAAAGGGAGUAACUAUUCCCAGCCAGAGGCGCUAUGUAUAUUAUUAUAGCUACCUGUUAAAGAACCACCUGGAUUACAGACCAGUGGCGCUGUUGUUUCACAAGAUGAUGUUUGAAACUAUUCCAAUGUUCAGUGGCGGAACUUGCAAUCCUCAGUUUGUGGUCUGCCAGCUAAAGGUGAAGAUAUAUUCCUCCAAUUCAGGACCCACACGACGGGAAGACAAGUUCAUGUACUUUGAGUUCCCUCAGCCAUUGCCUGUGUGUGGUGACAUCAAAGUAGAGUUCUUCCACAAACAGAACAAGAUGCUCAAAAAGGACAAAAUGUUUCACUUUUGGGUAAAUACGUUCUUCAUACCAGGACCAGAGGAAACAUCAGAAAAAGUGGAGAAUGGGAGUCUCUGUGAUCAGGAAAUUGACAGUAUUUGCAGUAUAGAGCGUGCAGAUAAUGACAAGGAGUAUCUAGUACUUACCUUAACAAAAAAUGAUCUUGACAAAGCAAACAAAGACAAGGCCAACAGAUACUUUUCUCCAAAUUUUAAGGUGAAAUUAUACUUUACAAAAACAGUAGAGGAACCAUCCAAUCCAGAGGCUAGCAGUUCAACUUCUGUGACACCAGAUGUUAGUGACAAUGAACCUGAUCAUUACAGAUACUCUGACACCACUGACUCUGAUCCAGAGAAUGAACCUUUUGAUGAAGAUCAGCAUUCACAAAUUACAAAAGUCUGAUUUUUUUUUUUUAUCAAGAGGGAUAAAAUACCAUGAAAAAAAAACUUGAAUAAACUGAAAUGGACCUUUUUUUUUUUUUUUUUUU